AGGCCAGGCCGUGCUGCACGUGCGCUGGGCGCUGCUGCUGCCCGCCCUGACGGCCUCACGCCUCACCGGGCGGCACAUCGAGGCACGGCUGAGGCAGCUGGGCCACCCCGGUACGCCCGCCCCGGCCGCUGAGAGCCUGGCUGAGCUCUUCCAGGGGCUGGAGAUGUACAACCGCGUGGUGACGGGGCUGGCCGAGGAGCUGGGCCCCGAGGUGAGGGCUCCCGGUGCCUUCACGGUGGGCGGGGUGCUGCGGCUGCUGGCGGCCGAGCGCGGCCGGGCCGUGGCCCAGAGGCUCCGGCCCCUCCUGUGGCCCCAGAGUGGGAGCAUCAGGGAUGGACACGUCCGCUGGGAGGAUGUGGGGGUGCCGUGGCCACCCACGGCUGAGAUGGACACAGAACCUUCUGGAGCAGCAGUGGCGCUGGCGGCUGAGCUGCAGGCACUGUGCCAGGAGGACGAGGAGCUGAUGGGACACGUUUUUGGGGCGCUGGUGGCCUCAGCUGACAGCCUGUGGCAGCCGGUGCUGUCAGAGAGCCCCGAGCCCGCGGGGCUGCGGCCGGGCAGUGCUGGGGGCUGGAAGGCCGUGCGGUGGCUGGACACUGCCCGCGGCCCCGUGGCCGCCACCCUGAGCGCCCGGUACCGCCUGCUGCUCUGGGAGCAUGUGGGAGCUGUGCUGGGGGACAGCCCGGGCACCCCUCCUGCCACCCCCAGUGCCACCGUCACCGCGGCGUGGGAGCUGAGCCGUGCGCUGGCUGUUGCCCGUGUGCCCGCUCAGUGCCGGGAGGAGCUGGGGCGGCUCUGCCUGCAGCUGCUGUGCCGGGGCGUUCUCUGCAGCUGGGACACGGAUUUUACCCGUGCUCUGGGCUCAGGGCUGUCAGACAAGUGCUUGGAGGCCCCAGGGGGGUCCCCAGGGCCGGGGUGCAGCCGCACAGCCCAGCAGCUCCGGUGCCUCUUCCCAGCCCUAGCACUGGCCCUGCGCUGCCUGCGCCUGCUGCCCGCCUGCCCGCACGCCCCCCCCGGGGGUCUCUGCCUGCGGCUGCAGGUGCUGGGCCGGUGCCUGGCGGCGGUGGCGGCCGCCCACGUGGCGCUGACGGGCCGGGCCGGGCGGUACCUGGCGGCCUGGGCACUGCCUCAGUUCCUGCUGCUCACCCAGGGAGACCUGCAGGUGCUGAAGGCAGAGGCAGAGCAGCUGAUGCUGCAGGUGAGCAGGACCUUCCCAGAGCCAGGGGACAUUCCUGGGGACAGCCCCCCUGAGCCGCCCCCCAGCCCGGGAUCCCCGUGGGAGCUCCAGCUGUGCCGGCAGAUCUGCGACGUGGCCAACAGCAUCCAGCUCUUCUCCGGGGACGUGCUCUGGAUGUUCUCCACCAGCUGCAAGCGGCUUUCGGCCGAGAUCUUCGACCAGACGAUGCCUCUGGGCCGGCACUGGCGGCUUGGACCCCGUGCUGAGCUGCCCAGCUCCCCCAGCGCCUACGCGGCGGCCGCGGUGCAGGCGGUGCUGGGGCAGGUGCUGCAGGGUGCCCAGGCCCUGCCCCACGAUGCCCAGGUGCCCACCCUGGCACGGGUCACCACGGCCUUCCUGGAGGCCUGGAUGGAUCACAUCCUCACCCGCCGCAUCAAGUUCAGCCUGCAGGGUGCCCUGCAGCUCCGGCGGGACUUCGAGGCCGUGCGGGAGCUGGUGUGCUCGGAGCGCUCCGGGCUGGCCCCCGAGGCGCGGCAGGCGCUGCGGGCCCUCUGCGUCUUCCGCCACACGGACACGGCCGUGCGCUGCCUCCUGCAGCAGCCCGGGGGGCUCGGGGGACACCCCCGCCGCUGGGGCAGCCUCCGGCGCUGCUGCUCAGACGAAGGUGCCCACCCCCUGGAGCCAUCCAUGGACCCUCUUCCUGGCCUGGACCCUCUGGAGGGGCUGGGCCCAGUCCCAGGGACGCCCCCUCUGGCUGCGGAGGCCGAUGGCCCGGCCCGGCCCGAGUCACCGUUCCCGGGCAGCCAGCAGCAGUGGCUGUCCCUGCGGCUGCACCGUGCCCGCCGCUGGCGCGUGCCAGGGCUGCCGUGUGUGGGGAACAGCCCCGAGGGCUGAGCUGCAAUAAACCUGCAAA